UCCUUAUCCGCCCCUUUUGCUUUCUUUGAGACUAAGAACAUUAAAAGGACACUUAAAAAGCACAAAACUUUUCAUCUGCCCCUUUUAUUGCUCAUCAAUGAGGAAACCAGCCGUGUCUCCCGCUCUGUCUUUCCUUUUCCUUUUCUUUUGCCGCUUCCAAGAGCAGAAAGAGAGAGAUUAGUUAACAGAGUAACAAUGGUGUUCUCAUCAAGGGAGAUUAUAGUACAGGCAGAAGAAGAUUUGAGAAUACUUGAAACCCAUCAUCCAAAUCGUUUUGAGUAUCUAAAGCUUGAGCUCAAGUCCUUCAUUUCUUUUCUUGAAUCUCAACAGCUGUUACUUCCUUAUUAUUGUGACAACUCCAUCUUCUUGCCCUCCUCUUCUUCUCACCAGCUGGUUUCAACACAAGCAUCAACUUGUGAGAAGAAUCAGAAGGGUACUAAUGGUUCUUUUGAAAUCCAAGAAAUGGAGGAAGUAAGGGAAGGUACAAAACAUGAGUUUCAAGAACAUAAAGUGGAGGUGAAGAUGAACAAGGAUAGGGUCGACUUGGCACUAGAGAAGGUGCAGUCAUCAAUUCUCAGGAAAGAAUGUAAAGAAGGAGGAGGAGGAGGACGAAAGGUGCAAGUUAGUAGUUGCUUGACAGUCAUUAGUAAAUUAGUAUAAUGUAACUGCGGAGAACUAGAGAUCUUUUUUUGGGUGGUCAUGAUAUUGUAUUAACUACCCUCACCAUACCAUUUAACUAGUUUUCCUAUCCGUCUAUAUUACGAAUUAUUAUAUAAUUAGGAUUUUCAACUAAACCAAUAACGUACGAACUCAAAAAAUUCAAUAGAAA